CAGGUCACGGGGCGUAGGGACGGAGAGGUUGGGCUCGCAGACUCGGCGGUAUUGCACGGUUGCCGGCUGGACGCUGUGGUGUUCUUUCUUUAGCUCAGGCGCUGCCUGCUCGCUCUCGUUCUGUGAAGCGCAAGCCAGCUAUACCUCCUUCCCUUCAUUUGUAGCCGCGUCGUUGCCACUCCGCCACCAUGUUCGAAGCGCGCCUGGUCCAGGGCUCCAUCCUGAAAAAGGUGCUGGAGGCGCUUAAAGAUCUCAUCAAUGAGGCCUGCUGGGAUAUCAGCUCGAGCGGCGUCAAUCUGCAGAGCAUGGACUCGUCCCACGUGUCUUUAGUGCAGCUCACCCUGCGCUCCGAGGGAUUCGACACAUACCGCUGCGACCGCAACCUGGCUAUGGGUGUGAACCUCACCAGCAUGUCCAAAAUACUAAAAUGUGCUGGCAAUGAAGACAUCAUUACCCUAAGGGCUGAAGAUAACGCGGACACAUUGGCACUAGUAUUCGAAGCCCCAAAUCAAGAAAAGGUUUCAGACUAUGAAAUGAAGUUAAUGGAUUUAGAUGUUGAACAACUUGGAAUACCAGAACAAGAGUAUAGCUGUGUAGUAAAGAUGCCUUCUGGCGAAUUUGCACGUAUAUGCCGAGAUCUCAGUCAUAUUGGAGAUGCUGUUGUAAUUUCCUGUGCGAAAGACGGAGUGAAGUUUUCUGCAAGUGGGGAACUUGGAAAUGGAAAUAUCAAGUUGUCACAAACAAGUAAUGUCGAUAAAGAAGAGGAAGCUGUUAGCAUAGAGAUGAAUGAGCCAGUUCAGCUAACUUUUGCACUGAGGUAUCUGAACUUCUUUACAAAAGCUACUCCACUCUCUCCUACAGUAACACUCAGUAUGUCUGCAGAUGUGCCCCUUGUUGUAGAGUAUAAAAUUGCUGAUAUGGGACAUUUAAAAUACUACUUGGCUCCCAAGAUUGAGGAUGAAGAAGGAUCUUAGGCGAUUCCAAAGUCUAAGAAAAUAAAACUAAGCCCUUCAAGAACUGCUUCUGAGAUUCCAACAUGCCCUUAAAGUUUUUUCUAUCACCAAAUUUGUACCUGAGUACAUAUGUAGAUAAUGUUCUCUGUAAAUAACCUGUUUUCUUCAUUCUCUCUACAAUUUAAAGGAUAGUCUCAAGUCAGAUCUGAUCUUAACCUAGAACUACUGCUGUAUCGAGAAAUACUCUUUAGGAUUUUUAUAAGAAAGGGUUUUAACUAUUAGUACAGUUUUCAGAAUUGUAUUUUCAAUUUAAAUAAAAGUUAUUUGAAUUUCAAA